AUGCGCGCUUUGGCUUGUUGGCUCUGCUUCUUGGUGGCAUUUCGAGUACGCCCCGCAGAGGGCUCUUGUACAACCAAAAAGUACUGUGAGCAAAUUGCGUUCGUCCAGGAAUGUAAAGAAGCCUACUCUUGUUCCUAUAACGUCAGAAAUGGACAACUUACCAGCUGCAAGAAUGGUGGCGAUUGUCGAAAGCUGGGAAAAGACAAGUGUCAAGAAUACGUGAACUGCCAGUGGAAGGACGACGAACCGGUAGUGCACGAUGGCUUUUGCUCUACCCAAAAGUACUGCGAUGAGAUUGGGGUGAUCCAGGGAUGCAAAGAAGCCUACUCUUGUUCCUAUAACGUUAGAAAUGGACAACUUACCAGCUGCAAGAAUGGCGGCGAUUGUCGAAAGUUGGGAAAAGACAAAUGUCAAGAAUAUGUGAACUGCCGAUGGAAUGAAGCGACUGGGCCCAGUGAAACUGAGGAAGGGGGAGGUGAUGGCAAUGAUGGUGGGAUUAACGUUGAUGCUGCUGCUAAUGCAGAGGAUCCAGAUGGAGGCACGUUGGGACUUAGUCCUGAGAUGGUAAUUGUCAUUGUUGUGGGUGCGGUUGCUGCCAUUAUUCUGGUGGCAUUCGUAUAUGUACACCGACACCGAUUCUCCGGUGCAAUGCAAUCAUUUUCCAAUCUGACAAAGAAAUAA